UAUUAUGCUACUUGGCUAAACCCGAGCGGAGAGAGAAGCCGCCGCAGCCGCCGCGGGACGCACCGAGCACCGAGGAGCCGAACCCGAGGUGUGAGAUGGGAGUUUGUCUCCUGGAGGGAAACAGCACCGAUCUGAACUGAACAACACACACCUCAGCCCACAGGGGGAGCUGUUUCUCAUCUUCAGGUCAGACACUGCUGUCCCACGGUGCAUCGUUACGUCACCAUCGUCCACCAUGUCGGACGCCCCCGAGGCUGCGCCACCCAGCCCCCCCACCCUCACCAACCCAACAGCCCCCGAGGUCACGAAUCCCACUAAACCUGGCAGAAAAACCAACCAGCUGCAGUACAUGCAGAACGUGGUGGUGAAGACUCUGUGGAAACAUCAGUUCGCUUGGCCCUUCUACACACCUGUCGACGCCAUCAAGCUCUGCCUGGCGGACUACCACAAGGUGAUCAAGAACCCGAUGGACAUGGGAACCAUCAAGAAACGUCUGGAGAACAAUUACUACUGGAGCGCCAGUGAGGCCAUGCAGGACUUCAACACCAUGUUCACCAACUGCUACAUCUACAACAAGCCAACAGACGACAUCGUGCUCAUGGCUCAGGCCCUCGAGAAAAUCUUCCUGCAGAAAGUCGCUCAGAUGCCUCAGGAGGAAGUCGCUCUGCUGCCCCCGGCUCCCAAAGGGAAGAACAAGAGCAAGCAGCCCGCCAGCGCCACCACAGUGAGUCAGCAGGCGGAGUCUUCAGCCUCCCCUCCCCCCUCCUACCCCUCCCCCUCCCCUUCUCAGACACCUGUCAUAUCCACCACGCCCACACCUGUCCAAGCCACGCCCCCUGUUUCGGCACCGCAGCCCCCAGCAACAAUGAUGCCGUCUGCACAGCCCGUUGUCAAGAAGAAGGGUGUGAAGAGGAAAGCCGACACCACCACUCCCACCACCUCUGCCAUCUCUGCUGGCCGUGCCGACUCUCCGUCUGCUCAGGACAACAAACCAGCAAAACUGGGCUCGUCCCGCCGUGAGGCCGCCGCCCGCCCUGCUAAGACCCGCCGAGAGACGGUGGAGGAGGUGGCAGGGGGUGAGAUGGGAGGUGGAGGCGGAGCAGGAGGAGGAGGAGGAGGAGUUGGGGGGAAGAAGGUCGGUAAGCUGGGCGAGCAAAUGAAACACUGCGACGCCAUUCUGAAAGAGAUGCUGUCGAAGAAACACGCUGCCUACGCCUGGCCCUUCUACAAGCCCGUGGACGCAGAGGCCCUGGAGCUGCACGACUACCAUGACAUCAUCAAACACCCCAUGGACCUCAGCUCCGCCCGGAAAAAGAUGGAUAAAGGCGAGUACAGUGACCCUCAGAGCUUUGCCACUGACGUCAGGUUAAUGUUCUCCAACUGUUACAAGUACAACCCUCCAGACCAUGAGGUCGUGGCCAUGGCCCGAAAACUGCAGGAUGUGUUUGAGAUGCGUUUCGCUAAGAUCCCGGACGAGGGCCUGGAGGUGUCCGUCCCCUCCACGACACCACUGGUCAGUAAAAGCACCGCCUCCUCUGACAGCAGCAACAACUCCUCCUCAGACGAAUCUUCCGACUCCGAGGAGGAGCGAGCCACGCGAUUGGCUGAGCUACAGGAGCAGGUUGGUGCUGCUGAGCAAUCACAGUUGAAGGCGGUGCACGAGCAGCUGGCCGUCUUGUCCCAGGCUCCGGUCAGCAAGCCAAAGAAGAAGAAAGAGAAGAAAGACAAGGAGAAGAAGAAAGACAAAGGGAACAAGGGGAAGAUGGAGGAAGAGAAGAAGCCAAAGGCUGCUGCUCAACAGCCCAAACCAGCCAAUCAGAAGAAGGCGCCGGCCAGGAAAGCCAACAGCACUGUGACCGCAACCAGGCAACCGAAGAAAGGCAGCAAGACGUCCGGCGGCGGCUCGGCCAACGGAGAAGACGGCGAGGAGUCGUCUCUACCGAUGUCGUAUGACGAGAAGCGCCAGUUGAGUCUGGACAUAAACCGGCUGCCGGGCGAGAAGCUGGGUCGCGUGGUUCACAUCAUCCAGUCCCGAGAGCCGUCGCUGCGAGACUCCAACCCCGACGAGAUCGAGAUCGACUUCGAAACGCUGAAGCCCUCCACGCUGCGAGAGCUGGAGCGCUACGUCAAGUCCUGUCUGCAGAAGAAGCAGAGGAAGCUGCUGCAGAAGGCAGCAGGCGGCGGGGCUUCAGGAGGCGGGGCUAGUCGUUUGAGUGGCAGCUCUUCUUCCUCCUCUGAUGACAGCUCCUCAACGGGAACCUCCUCCUCCUCCGACACAGACUGAACACACACACACACGCAACACACACACAUGUUACUGAACACAGAGUUUAUACACACACUCAAUCACAGGAACGACAGUUAACACAUGAACACACAUCCAUGUAAACUUCCACCAUGAACACACACAAGACAGAGAUCCAACUCUGAACUUCUUACAACACACACGCCCAGACUUGGAGACUGUAUGUAAAUAAGCAAACCUGUUUUUUAGCUCCUAGUGUUGUUUUUUUCUUUUUUUAUCUUCCUGGAGUAACGCAGAGACCGAAGAAGAAAGAACUUGUCAGAGAGGAGGAGGAGGAGGAGGAGGAGG